AUGCCAAACAGAGUACUCUUUGGAACCGUUCGUGGAUCCAUGAUAUACAAUAUUAAACAGUAUCUGGAAAAAAUUUAUCAACCAAUGGUAAACAUUCAAUACCGCGUUCCAAAGAUUGACGGUGCCACAUCAACGACAAUGACACCAUUCGAUGGAAAUUUAUUGAAAAACGGAUCUGAAAAGGAUGAAGAAGCGGAAUUAAAGAGAGCCAGGUCAAAUACUUGUUUAAUUGACUACUCGCGACCUUCAGAUUUUAGACUGAUAGCGGUUAAAGCAAAAAAGACCGGAUUUCAUGCAACUGGUGAUGAUUCUCAUUUAGGCUCUCGAGUUCGUCGUCCUUCGAUGUCCCUAACUCCCAGUGGUGAGUCUGUAAAAACUGAUUUUGCAGAUUUAGUCUCACAAGUUUCUCGUGUUGCGACAACUACAUCAUCUACGUACUCUAUACGCGAAACUGUAUCAGAAAAAUGGGAAAAGUUACUAAAAAUAGUAACAGAUAAGGCCGAAAUCGACCGUAACAAAAUGAUGGAUGUUGAUGUUAAAAAGUCCGCAAUCAAAGAAAGCUUUCUGACUAACCUAGAUAAAUUUGUUUCGUGUAUUGAAUGGACAAUUGAUCAUGUGUUAUGUGCCUUCAAUUUACCAACGCAAUAUAACGCACCCGGUCAAGAAUAUAUCAAGGAUGAUGAGGAAAAGGUGAAAAUUAAGCUGGAUCCGAAAAAGGUACAAAUCGAUGAGCUAACGCAAUUACAAGUCGAAGAAGUAGUGACAGGUUGGGUGAAGUAUUUGAAUAAAGUUCUCUCAACAAAUACCGAUAAGGAACCAGAGGAAUAUUCUCCUCUUGCCGAAUACACACGUUGGAUUGAAUGGGAACAAGAGUCGAACAAUCUACUCGAGCAAAUUAAUAGCAGCUUCGCAAAAACAAUGAUCGACAAGAUAAAGCAUUCUGUAAUAGGUCAAUCUCUUAUCGAAGAACUUCAAAUAAUUGAAGAUAAAUUACAUGAGCAAUACAAACUUGCCAAAGAGAAUGCCGAAUAUCUAUCAACCUUACAAGAGUACUUAGUUAAAAUAAGAGAUGACGAGGAUUUUGAUUUUAUUAUGUCCAUUAUACCCAAUAUGAUGGUUGGUCUCCGUCAUAUAUGGACCAUGUCGAAUUAUUAUUGCCGUGACGAAAAUAUGCUGAAUUUGCUUGCGAAAAUAUCUAAUGUUUUUAAUACAAAAAUCAAAAGAAUUGCUAAUUUAGAACUCAUUUUUAAAGCUAAUUCAAAAACAAUUCUUAAAACUGCUAACUAUUGUGCUGAGCUUCUUGAUCGAUGGAAACAAUCAUAUGUAGAAACAAGAACUUACAUCGAGAACUCUGGUGUUGGAUCAAGAUGGGAGUUUGACAAAGUCAAAAUAUUCAGCGAAUUAGAUCAUAUUGCUCGAAUCUGCCGUGAUAUUGCAAAAAUUGCCUCAACUUUUAUUAUUUUUGAAACGGUUUUUAACAACAAUUUACGCUCAAUAGUUACCCACCCCGAAGAGGUGGAUAGUAUGCUCAAGAAAGUGUAUCAACUUAUUAAUAAUAUAGUCACAGUUGAUUAUGACGUAUUUCGUCGUGGAAACGUUGACAACUGGGAAGCAACAUUGGAUUAUUUCUACAAGAGUGUCGAGCAAAUGGAACAUGAUGCGAAAAUGGUGUUGGAUCAUUGUAUACAACAUUUUAGAUCUGCUGAUCAAGGUAUUGAAUACUUGGGUGUAGUUGCUAAAUAUGCUCCUCAAAAUAAAUUGGCUGAGUAUUUAUCGACAAAGCAUGAAAGUAUUAUGAAACAGUUUGUAUCUGAAGUUGGUGCAGUUGAGCAUGAAUUUAUGAAAAGCAAAAACAACCCGCCUCUUUUGCGAAAUCAACCAUGUCACCAAGGAUCUAUUUUUUGGGAACGUUUUCUUUACGAAAAGCUAAAAAAAUCUGUCAUUGCUUUCCGACGUAUUGAAACUAGUGGGACAGAUCCAGCGUUAGAAAAAAGCUAUUUGAAACGCACGGCAUUUAGUCAAUAUUUUUCAUUGGUACAAGAUAUGCGUGACUACGAAAAGGAACACUUUGAAAAGUUUUCUACAAAGGCAACAUUUAUCAUUAACAGUGUAAUGAAGCGGAAUAUUUUAAAAUUAGAGUUUUUGUACAACACUAAUAAAGAGAGUAUUAGUGAAACAACACCAUCUCCCUCAGUUUUGAGUGUACAGCAAAGUAAAACAAAUAGACGUCCAUCCGGGCUUGGUUCUGCAUUACAAAUGAAAAAAACAGGAAAACUAGAUAGAUUGAUCAAAGUUGUUGGCUGGAUGUCUAACAAGAAAGAAGAUCAAAACCAACAUUUAGCAUUUGCGGAAAAAUAUUUGAAAGCUAAUAAAUCAAUUUCAAGUGUCAAAACAGUGGAUUCUAGUGCAGAGUUUACGAUGCAGCAAGCAAGGCUAAUGGUCAAAGCAAUGCGUCAAGAAAAUGUACCGACGUGGAAAGAAGUAAUUGGUGAAAGUGUUUUAAUUGAAUUCAAACUACAAUUUGCUGUGAACUUUUCCUAUGCAAUUUUUGAUGUCAUUACUGAAGGGCAGCAAUUUGAGUAUUUAGGAUUUGUUGUAAAUCCAAUAAUACGACUAGCAAUUAUGCGUAAAAAUCUUCUUUUUUCCGAUGUAGAAGCUGUUUCCGACAUGAUUGACAAAUAUAAUAACAUUGUGAUGGGCUUGAGUGUUGCUGAGGUCCAUUUUCUGCGAGAACAUCUAUACAAAGUAGAAUCAAUUAUUCAAGCUGGUCUAGGUCGCUAUACUUGGCAGGCACUAAAUAUACGGAAUUUCGCAAAAAAAUGUCAAGCGUUACUGAAGCAGCUCACAUCAAUGGUUGUACAAAUAAAUAAUAUAAGUCGUGAUAUAACAAAUCGCAUUGAACGCCUUAGAAAAUCUUCAUUGUUUGUCUUUGAGCAAGAUGAGUUAUUGCUUCCAUUAUUUGGUGGUCAAGUGGAAAAAAGGAAAUCCAUUCUAAAGCCUCCCCAGCGAGUCAUUGAUUUGGAAAGUCCAUUAGAAAAUGCUGUGGAUGGUUGUAAUGAACGGAUUCAACAACAUCACACAAAAGUGCGAGUUCGGGACCAAGUCAAGUCAUGUAUUGAGUACUUUAAGACGAUUGAGAGAAAGCGUACUGGUAAAAUGGCACAAAUACAAAAAUUGUAUGACUCUGUUGGUCCACUAUUAAUAAAAUUGGAGAGCUUAGUUUUGGGCACCAAUACUGGUUUAUCUGAUAAAAUGAAAUAUUAUUAUAAAUUUUGGGAAAAGGAAGCAUUUAGUUGUAUAGUAAGAUUCAUCACACGAAAUCUAGAGGAAUUCAUUGGAUCCAUUAAUCAAAAUAAACCCAUGUUUCAAGUGGAUGCCAUUUUAUCAGCACCUGAAAUCGUAAUGAAACCAACAGAAACAGAAGUGUAUAAUAUUGUCAUUCAUUCAGUGAAAGAUUUUCUUGAGAGAAUCAAAUGCUUCCGACGAUGGAUGUCAGACACAUGCCUUCCAUGCCCAAUUAAAAAUAAUUACGUAUUUACCUUCUACGAAGAUAUAGUACAGAUACCCAAAAUUGCUGAAUUAAUAUCUUCAUUGCAGCGCACCAUUCAAAAUUUAAUUAGUGAAAUCAGAAUUUAUUUAUCUAAAUGGCAAAAGUACAAAAGCCUUUGGCUAUAUAAUAAAGUAACAAUUUGUGAAAAGUUUAUAACACAAAAGAGUGUUCCCCUUGCAGAGACAGAUGAAAAAUUUAUAUUUUAUACGCAAAUUGUCAAUGAUUUGGAACAGCAAAAACCAUAUUAUGACAUAAAAUCAAUUCGAAUUAAUUUGCAACCGUUAAUUAAAAGCAUUAUUAACCAUGCUGUCGAAUGGCGUAAUAUACUAGGAAAUAUUUUAGCUGACAAAACAAGGAAAAAUAUGAUGGACAUAAAGGAUUAUAUAAAGACAUUACGAGACGACCUGGAUCGCAAUAUUAAAGGAUUGUCGGAUUUUAAAAUAGUUAUGCAAACAAUUAGCACAAUACAAACAACAACAAUGACAAUGGAACUAAGAAUUAAGGAAAUACAAGAGACGUAUAAUGUACUCGAGGAGCAUUCUAUAAAGUUUCCAUACGGUGAUAUUCUUAUGUCUUACCAUUUGGAACGUCGAUGGAAAAAUCUGUUUAAUUCAGCAUUUUAUCGACAAACAACAUUGGAACCAACUAAAAUGAAGUUUGCUGAAAUGACAUUCAAUGAAAUCAAUAUGUUUUGCGAUGAAUUAAAUGAUUUUGUGGAUGGGUUUCAAAAAAACGGUCCUGGGAGUGUAGAGGACAUGGAUGUAGGCACAGUGUUGAUGAAAAAAUAUGUAACUGAUUUUGAGCUUCUUGAAAAACGUCGAGUUCAGCUAGUAAUUGAUGAAAAGUUAUUCGAUAUACCGAUAGCCGAUUAUAGUGACUUUUUACGAUGUAAAUCUGAAUUUGAAGGAAUGCAUCAUAUAUACGACUUGUACAGAAAGCAAAAACAAGCUAGAGAAACUUGGUCAAAAACUUUAUGGAUUAAUUUAAAUCCUCAAGCUUUAAUUGAUGGUAUCGAGAAUUUCAUAAAAGAGUUUAGAAAAUUUCCUAAAGUGAUACGUGAACUAGCUAUCGGUCAAGUACUAGACCUAAAAAUGAAGCAAUUUAAAAACACGAUUCCGUUGAUGGUUAGCUUAAAGAACGAAGCAUUACGUGAACGACAUUGGAAAAUGUUGAUGGAGAAAACAGGACAGUACUUUGACAUGGCACCGGAACGAUUUACAUUAGAAAAUAUGUUUUCGAUGGAGUUGCACAGAUUUUCGGACAUCACUGACGAAAUUAUUAACAAUGCCGUCAAAGAAUUAAUGUUGGAUAAGGGAUUAAAAGAAGUCAUUGCUGCAUGGGAUGAUAUUUUCUUCACUGUCAUCAAACAUAUAAAAGCAGGUGAUGAUCGAGGUUACAUUCUAGGAAGCGUGGAUGAAAUAAACACAACACUAGACGAUAACUUGAUGACUUUACAAUCGAUGGCAGCAUCUCAGUUUGUUGGUCCUUUUUUGAACCUUGUCCAAACGUGGGAAAAGCGUCUUGCACUUGUUUCAGAAACUAUUGACGAAAUAAUUGCAACACAACGCAAAUGGAUGUAUCUUGAGGGAGUUUUUAUUGGUAGUGACAUGCGAGCACAGUUGCCAGAUGAAGCAUCAAAAUUCGACUUAAUCGAUACAUGUUUCAAAAAGUUAAUGCAAGAAGCUGCUUCUAAUCCAAAAGUCAUUGACGUGUGUUUAUUUGAAAAUCGAUUACAAGAAUUUAAGGAGUUAAGCAAUGGAUUGGACAUGUGCCAAAAAUCGUUAAACAACUACUUAACAUCAAAAAGAAAAAUAUUUCCUCGGUUUUACUUUAUUUCGACUGAAGAAUUGCUUACGAUUCUGGGAAACACAGAACCCGACGCUGUACAAGAACACAUGAUAAAAAUGUUUGACAACAUCAAAGCGUUACGCCUUGCUCAAGAUACCUCAAAUCGGCCAACAGCAAUAGCAAUGAUAUCAAGUGAAGGCGAGAUAAUGACAUUCAGAAAUGCGGUGCUCACUGAAGGUCGUGUUGAAUAUUGGAUGAAUGACGUUCUACAAGAAAUGAGAAAAACAAAUUGUUUUAUAACGAAAAAAGCAAUUUAUGACUACGGAAAGGAACGCCAAAGACCACGGUCCGAAUGGAUAAUGUUAUACCAAGGAAUGAUUUGUCUCGCUGGUAAUCAGACAUGGUGGACAGCCGAAGUAGAAGAAGUUUUUCGAAAAAUAAAGCAAGGUAAUAAACGUGCUAUGAAAGAGUACCUUGAAUCGCAAAACCGACAACUAGAUGAUUUGGUGAACAAAGUGCGCUCCGAUUUAUCAAACAAUGACCGUUUAAAAUUCAAAACAAUCGCUACAAUUGAUGUGCAUGCUCGCGAUAUAAUUGAAGCAUUUGUCAGGAAUAGUGUGUUGGAUGCACAAGAUUUCGGUUGGGAAAGCCAACUACGGUUUUAUUGGGUAAAAGAGACAGACAAUUUACAAGUUUUUCAAUGUACUGGAAGAUUCGACUACGGAUACGAAUAUAUGGGGUUGAAUGGCCGACUUGUCAUUACCCCCUUAACUGACCGCAUAUAUUUAACGAUAACCCAGGCCUUAACAAUGAAUCUGGGAGGUGCUCCAGCUGGACCGGCUGGAACUGGAAAAACUGAGACUACGAAGGAUUUAGCUAAAGCUAUGGCUCUUCUUUGUAUUGUUACUAACUGUGGCGAAGGAAUGGAUUAUCGGGCAAUUGGCACUGUAUUAUCGGGUCUUGCUCAGUGUGGAGCUUGGGGUUGCUUUGACGAAUUUAAUAGAAUAGAUAUUUCGGUUUUGAGCGUUAUCUCGACACAACUACAAACUAUCCGCAAUGCAUUAGUAUCUAAAGUAGAAACAUUUAUGUUCGAAAGGGAUGUUAUCAAAAUUGAUCGAAAAAUAGGUGUUUUUAUAACAAUGAAUCCAGGAUAUGCUGGACGUACUGAACUUCCAGAGUCCGUGAAAGCGCUUUUCAGACCAGUGACAUGCAUAAUGCCAGAUUUAGAGUUAAUUUGUCUCAUAUCUUUGUUUUCGGAUGGAUUUGCUACAGCAAAAGUAUUAGCGAAAAAAAUGACUGUUCUUUACAAGCUAGCACGAGAACAAUUAUCCAAACAAUCUCAUUACGACUGGGGCCUGCGUUCUCUCAACUCUGUUUUACGAAUGGCAGGUCUGGUAAAACGUGCUUCAUGCGACAUACCCGAAAAUGUGGUGCUUAUGCGUGUACUUCGCGACAUGAAUUUGCCAAAAUUUGUCUUUGAUGAUGUCCCAUUGUUUCUCGGAUUGCUAAAGGAUUUAUUCCCGGGUGUCGAUUGUCCACGUAUCGGCUAUCCUGAGUUUAAUGUGGCAGUCAAACAAGCACUUGAAGCAGAAAACAUGAUACUGUUGCCAGAUCAAAUGGACAAAAUUCUGCAACUAUACGAGACUAUGAUGACAAGGCAUUGCACAAUGAUAGUAGGACCGACUUGCGGCGGUAAAUCAGUUGUUCUACACACUUUGAUCAAAGCACAAAUUCUUAUGGGAUUGCCGACCAAAUGUACAACUUUGAACCCAAAGGCAUGUUCAGUUGUUGAGUUAUAUGGUUUUUUGGAUCCCGAUACACGAGAUUGGAUUGAUGGACUUUUUUCAAGCAUUUUUCGUGACAUGAACAAACCAACAACUAUUGAUGAGAGACGUUAUGUUUGCUUUGAUGGAGACGUCGAUGCAUUAUGGGUUGAAAAUAUGAAUUCGGUUAUGGAUGAUAACAAGCUUCUUACUUUAGCAAAUGGCGAAAGAAUUCGAUUGAAUAGUUACUGUUCGUUGUUAUUUGAGGUGGGUGAUUUGGCGUAUGCUUCUCCUGCCACAGUAAGUCGUGCAGGAAUGGUGUAUGUUGAUCCAAAAAAUUUAGGAUAUCAACCGUAUUGGGAGCGAUGGCUGAGCAACCGCCAUCCAGACGAACAAGAAACAUUAGCACAAUUAUACACACAAUUUAUUGUGUCUCUGUUGGAGUUUAUACAUGAAGGUGUUGAUGGAUCAAAUCAAGAUGAGCCUUUGCAAACAGUUAUACCCCAAACUACACUAAAUAUGAUUACACAGUUAUGCCAUAUGUACGAUGCGCUGCUUCCAUCAUCAGAUUCAAUUUCAGAUGAUGAAAAGCACCAACAACAACAGGUUGAGGUUGCAACUAACACAGAUGUUGUGUCUGCUAUAUUUCUACUUUGCCUUUAUGGGUCAUUGGGUGCAACAUUGUUGGAUAGUGACAGAAUACGUUUUGAUGAAUUUGUAAAACGUAUUGCGGGGCUGCCUUUGGUAGAAGAUACGAAAGAAAACCCAGCAGCUGCAUAUCAAUUUCCAACUGGCAAGCCAACAUUAUACGACUACACGUUCGACAAAGAUAAAAUGAUGUGGAUAGCGUGGGAAUGGCUUGUGCCUGAUUAUAUUCAUAAUAGAGAAUUAAAUAUUUAUGAUAUACUAGUUCCAACUGUUGAUACAUUACGAAAUGAAUGGUUUUUGCAAUUAAUGAACUCUAUUUCUCAACCUAUUUUAUUAGUUGGUGACGCUGGAACAUCUAAAACUGCUGUUAUAUCUCAUUAUUUAAAAAAUCUAAAUCCAAAAGUAUACCAACUAUUGAAUAUAAAUUUUUCAUCUCAAACUACUUCAAUGGAUGUUCAAAUUACGAUUGAGGCAGCUGUUGAAAAACGCACAAAGAACGUUUAUGGGCCACCUGUCGGGAAGCGAUUGAAUAUAUUUAUUGAUGAUAUGAAUAUGCCAUGUUUGGAUGACUACGGGACACAACAACCUAUCGCACUUUUAAAAUUAUUUCUUCAAAACGGAGGCAUGUAUGACCGUCAACAUGCACUUGCCUGGCAAACGUAUAAAGAUAUUGAAUUCCUGGCAGCAAUGGGACGUGCUGGAGGUGGGAGAAAUGAUGUUGAUCCCCGAUUUAUCUCAAUGUUCUCAGUAUUUUACAUGCCUUUCCCGACCAACGUGGCAAUCCAUCAUAUAUAUGCGUCAAUAUUAAGGGGACAUGUUUCAAUAUUCCCAAUUGAAUUUUCACUAGCGGUAAAUUCCAUAAUUCAAAUGACACUGAAUGUUUAUAAGGUUAUUGUGGAUAAGCUGCCACCCACACCUUCUAAGUUCCAUUACAUAUUUAACUUGAAAGAUCUAACAAGAGUUUUUUCUGGGAUAUUGCAAAUUGAUACAAGUUUUUUCAAAGAAGUCCGUCAAUUUAUUCGUGUUUGGAGAAAUGAAAUGAGCCGUGUCAUUUGUGACCGACUUACUAGCACUGAAGAUCAAGGUUUAUUUAAUGAUUUGAUUAAGACAGAAGUAUAUCAGAACUUUAACACUCAAUUAGAAGAACAAGAAAAAGAAGUUAUAUCAGUUAAGGCAAAGAUGACAUCUGAAAGUAUAGCUAAGCUCUCGGACUUUGAUUAUAUCAUGAGGAAUCCCAUUAUGUUUGGUGACUAUCGAAAUACUCUAAAUGAAGAAGAAGGUCGUUAUUAUGAGGAUUUGUUAGACUAUGAAGCAGUGUAUUUUUUGUUUCAAGAGAUUUUAGAAGAAUAUAAUGAGCGAAAAUCUCACAUGAAUCUCGUUCUUUUCGAAGAUUGUCUAGAACAUUUGACUCGCGUUCAUCGAACUCUUCGGCUUCAUAGAGGACACGUUCUUCUAAUGGGAGUUGGAGGAUCUGGAAAAAAAUCCGUUACCAGAUUAGCUGCAUUUGCCGCUAAUUGUGAUGUUUUUGAGAUUCAGUUGAGCAAAGGCUACAACGAAAACUCGUUCAAAGAGGAUCUCAAGCAAUUGUACACGAACAUUGGUGUGAAAAAUAAACGAACUGUUUUCAUGUUCACCGCUGCACAGAUUGCUAAAGAAGGAUUUUUGGAAUUCAUAAAUAAUAUUCUGACGGUUGGAGUAGUGCCAGCUUUAUUUAGUGACGAUGAGAAAGAUGUCAUCGUUGGACAGUGUAGAAAUGCUGCCAACGAGGCUGGUUUUUCUGUUGGAAGAGAAGCAGUUUGGAGUUAUUUUUUGGAGAAUUGUGCGAAAAAUUUACAUGUUGUUUUAUGUAUGUCACCAGUUGGUGAUGUCCUUCGUAAUCGAUGUCGAAGCUUUCCAGGAUUAGUAAGCAAUACCACCAUUGAUUGGGUAUUUCCUUGGCCCGAAGAAGCUUUGAUUGCAGUGGCAAAAACAUUUUUGUCUGGUCAUCCAAAGAUUCCUGAAAUGCUACGCGAGCCCAUCAUUAGCCAUGUUGUACACGUACAUAACUCAAUUAAAUUUUAUAGUGCUGAAUUUUUGCGAAAGUUGCGUCGCAAAAAUUAUGUUACACCUAAACAUUAUCUGGACUACAUUAAUACGUACAUUACGUUAAUUGAGGACCGGCAUGCAUUUAUUGCAAAGCAGUGCCUGCGCUUAUCAGAUGGCAUUAACAAAAUAGACGAGUCAUCUGUACAAAUAGACGUGCUUCGAGUCCAAGUUGAAGAGCAACGUAAAAAUGUUCUAAUAGCAGCAACUAAAUGUGAAAAAAUGCUUCAAGGCAUUGAACAAUCAACUGAGUUUGCAAAUAAAAAAAAACAACAAGCCUCUGCACAAUCUGCCGAAGUAGAAGUACAAAGCAAACAAAUUGCAACGGAAAAAGCUGAAGCGGAAAUUGCACUUUCAGAGGCAUUGCCUGCUUUAGAGGAAGCUCGCAAAGCACUUGAUAAACUGAAUAAAUCAGACCUUGCGGAAAUUAGGGCAUUUACUACGCCACCACUUGCAGUUCAGACUGUUUGCGAAUGCAUCUGUAUAAUGAAAGGAUUUAAAGACUAUAACUGGAAAGUGGCAAAACAAAUGUUGGUUGACGUCAAUUUUGUAAAAGAUUUGAAAGGACUUAAUCCAGAUUUAAUUCCCGGAAAAUCUGUGAAUUUGAUUAAAGCGCAUAUGAAGAAAUGUUCUGAUUUGGACAAAAUGAAAGAAAUUUCAAAAGCUGGAAAUGGACUUUUACUUUUUGUCAAAGCUGUUCUUAGUUAUUGUGAUGUAUUUAAGGAAGUUAGACCGAAAAAGGAGCGUGUAGCUUAUCUUGAACAAGAACUCGAGUCCCAAAUAUCACUGCUUGCCAAGCUAAAUGGCGAAAUUGAGCGUCUUGAGCAACAGCUUCUUAAUUUAAAUGAAAAAUUGCAGAAAGCUCUCAAAGAAAAAUUAGAACUACAAAAUUUAUUGGAACAAGCAGAAAGACGACUAGUAUCAGCUGAUAAAUUAAUUGCUGGAUUAUAUUCUGAAAAGGAUCGAUGGACAAUUGAUUUAGCAAACCUCAAUGUAGAUCAAUCAAAUUUGAUCGGUACAUGCCUUAUUUGUGCCUCCUUCUUAACGUAUACCGGAGCAUUUUCAUGGGAUUAUCGAAAAACUAUAAUUUUCUCUGACUGGCUUGAAGACAUCAAAAGCAAAUAUAUUCCAAUCCCAAAAAGUGUCCAAUUCGAAAAUAUUUUAAGUAAUGAUGUAGAGAUCAGUACUUGGACUUCUCAAGGAUUGCCUUCAGAUGAAUUUUCAGUACAAAAUGGCAUUCUUACGUCUAGAGCAUCACGAUUUCCCCUUUGUAUAGAUCCCCAACAACAAGCUCUCUCUUGGAUAAAGAAAAAGGAGUCAUCGAACGCCCUAAAAGUGUUAUCGUUUUCGGACUCAGACUUUUUGAAACAGCUCGAAAUGGCCAUAAAAUAUGGAUCACCUGUCUUAUUUGAAGAUGUCGACGAAUAUAUUGAUCCUGUUAUAGAUAAUGUCCUCGAAAAAAAAUAUAAAGUAAUAGCGGGUCAAUCGUAUUUGUUAUUAGGUGACAAGGAAAUAGAUGUAGAUCCGAAUUUCAGGAUGUAUCUCACAACAAAAAUAGCAAACCCAUCAUUCGAUGCAGCUGUUUAUGCAAAAGCUCUGGUGAUCAACUAUUCUGUUACAGAAUCUGGUCUUGAAGAUCAAUUGCUUGGCGUCGUUGUACGUACGGAGCGGCCAGAUUUGGAAGACAUGCGAGAGAACCUAAUUUACCAAAAUAGUGUCAACAAAAAUUUAUUGCAACAACUUGAGGAUUCACUUUUGUCUGAACUGACCACGACAAGUGGAAAUAUGCUCGAUAACACGUAUCUCGUUUCAACGUUAGAGAACACAAAGACAAAAGCAGCAGAAGUUCUUGAUAAACUAGCUUUAGCUGAAGUAACAUCAAAAGAAAUCGAAGUUUUGCGAGAUGGAUUCAGAAGUGUUUCGAAACGCGGUGCCAUUUUAUUUUUCGUUCUAUCUGAUAUGUCUCUUGUCAACAGUAUGUACCAGUACUCUCUUAGUUCGUAUCUUGUGGUAUUUGUGUAUUCAUUAAGAAAAGCUACGCCUGACAUCAUUUUAUCCAAACGGCUCAUUAACAUAAUCGGCACAUUAACGAAAAACAUUUACGAAUACGGUUGUACCGGAAUAUUUGAGAGACACAAGCUACUUUAUUCUUUUCAAAUUACCACAAGGUUGCAGCAGAGCAUUGGGGAAUUGUCACAAAGUCAAUUGGACUUUUUCAUCAAGGGCUCAAUGAGUUUGGAACAAGAAACCAGUAAAGGACCAUUGUCAUGGUUGACAAAUAAACAAUGGGAUGACAUAGGAAAAUUAUCGAGAGAUUUCGACAAAGUAUUUGGUGGCCUUCAAAAUCAUAUUGAACAACAUGCCUAUGAAUGGAAAGAGUGGUAUGAUUUGGAAGCUCCUGAAGAAGUUCCGUGUCCAGGAGAAUUUUCCAAUAAAAUGAAAGACUUUGAUCACCUUAUGCUGAUUCGUUGCUUUCGCCUAGAUCGUGUUUAUCGGGCAUCUACAUUGUACAUUAGCAAAAUAAUGUCUGAAAAAUACAUAACACCCCCCGUUGUUAGUUUCGACGAAAUUUAUGAACAAACAACUUCUAGUACUCCUGUAGUUUUCAUAUUAAGCCCCGGUUCGGACCCAACAAAUGAGAUAAUGAAAUUAGCCAGACGAUGCAAUGUACCUGACGAAAAUUUUACUUAUAUAUCAUUAGGUCAAGGUCAAGAGCAUUCUGCAAUGAAGUUACUAGACAACGCUAUAAUUAAUGGAUAUUGGUUAAUGCUUCAAAAUGGCCAUUUACUUGUGCCAUUUUUGAGAGCUUUAGAGAAAAAACUGGACAAAAUCGAAAGUAUCCAUGACAACUUCCGUUUAUUUAUAACAACAGAUCCCACGCCAGUAUUCCCCAUUGGUAUCCUGCAAAUAUCGUUAAAAGUGGUCACAGAGCCACCGAAUGGGCUAAAGAUGAACUUAAAAGCAUCAGUGCAUAAACUUAGUCAGAGCGUUCUAGACUCAUGCACUCAUUUAGCAUUUAAACCAUUAGUUUAUGUGCUGACAUUCUUCCAUGCAGUAGUUCAAGAACGACGAAAAUAUGGCAAACUUGGUUGGAACAUUGCAUAUGACUUUAAUGAAUCUGAUUAUCAAGUUUGCAUACAAAUUCUUGGUACGUAUUUGUCAAAGGCAAUAAGCAUUAAGGAAACACGCAUACCAUGGAAUAGUUUGAAAUAUUUAAUUGGGGAGGUCAUGUAUGGAGGACGCGUAAUUGACGAUUUUGAUCGGCGCAUUGUACAAACAUACAUGAACGAAUAUAUGGGAGAUUUUUUGUUUGAUCCUCAUCAACCAUUCCAUUUCUAUCAAAAUGAAUACAUUGAUUACGUUUUACCAGAGGCAGUCACUCGCCAGGAAUUCAUUGAAUAUGUGGAGAAACUUCCUCUCGCUAACACGCCUGAAGUUUUUGGUCUACAUCCGAAUGCUGAAAUCGGCUACUAUACUGCAGCAGUGAAAGACAUGUUAAAUCAUUUGAUAGAAUUACAACCGCAAACAGGAGCAUCGGACGGUGGCUUAACUCGCGACGAGAUAAUAGACAGUGUAGCUGAUGAUAUUCUCAAAAAACUGCCGAAACAAUUUGAAAUAUGGAAAAUUAAAAAAGCAUUUCAAAUGACUAUCACUCCUACUGGUGUUGUUCUUUUGCAAGAGUUGGAACGCUUCAACAAAUUACUAGGCCUUAUUGAGCGUACACUUAUACAAUUACGCCGUGCUCUUGCUGGUGAAAUUGGAAUGGACGCUCUUCUUGACAAAAUAGCUAAUUCUUUAUUCAAUGGACAACUUCCGGAGGCUUGGCGAAAAUUGGCACCACAAACUUGUAAACAACUUGGAAGCUGGAUUGACCACUUACUGCGCCGAAGUCAUCAGUACAAAUAUUGGUCAGUUUCUGGAGAACCUCUUGUUAUGUGGAUAUCUGGUCUUCAUGUACCUGAAAGCUAUUUAACAGCCCUAAUUCAAGUGGCCUGUCGUAAGAACAACUGGCCUCUAGACAAAUCGACUCUUUUUACAUCAGUGACGGAAUUUGUAGAUCCGGAUGACAUUGAAGAGCGACAUACUUCAGGGUGCUACAUUCAUGGCUUAUUCCUCGAAGGCGCUCGUUGGGAUAUUGAGAAUAAAUGUUUAACAAGAUCAUCACCAAAGGUUCUCAUUGAACCACUACCAAUUUUGUCCAUUGUGCCCAUCGAAUACCACAGACUGAAACUGCAAAACACUUUUCGAACUCCAAUCUACACCACUACAUUACGUCGUAAUGAAAUGGGAAUAGGUUUGGUCUUUGAGGGUGACCUGUUUACACAAGAGGAUGCGAGUCACUGGGUGCUUCAAGGAGUUUGUUUGAUACUAAAUGAAGACUAA